AUGGCUAGUGCUGCAGUUAUUGGACUCAGUGGAGGAAAGAGAUUGUUGAGUUCAUCUUACCAUUACUCUGAUAUUAUAGAAAAGCUUUCUUAUGGGAGUGACUUUGGAUCUGCACACUAUCAGAUUGUUUCUGCGAAAUCUGUAAUAGUUGCCAAGAAAUCAUCCAACUACACUCCAACUUUUCCAGUAUCGAACCGACAGAAUCAGUCCAUUAAGGUUCUUAAGGAGCAUGUUGAUGCUGCUGCUACCACUGAGGAUACAUGGUUUCAGAAUUACAAUUCCAAUGACUUAGAAGUGGAAAGCUCUGAAAUGGGUUAUUCUGUGGAGGCUCUUCUUUUACUGCAGAAGUCAAUGCUGGAAAAGCAAUGGAGCCUUUCCUUCGAAAGGGAGGUGCUAACUGAACAUUCGAGUAAAGCAAAAAACCGUAGGAAAGUGGCAGCAGUGACCUCUUCUGGGGUGUCUGCAAGGCAAAGAAGAAUGAAUAACAAGCGGAAGACCACGGUUAAGACGUGUGGGGCUAUACAACUGAAGUCCAAAAUCAGUCCAGAGGUUCUUCAAAACCGUUUGAAGGGCUAUGUUAAAGGUGUGGUGGGUGAGGAAUUGCUCUCUCAUGCAGAAGUUGUAAGCCUAUCAGAGAAAAUAAAAGUUGGGCUUUCCUUAGAGGAGCAUAAAUCCAGACUGAAGGAGAGGCUAGGAUGUGAACCCUCUGAAGAUCAAAUGGCAACCUCAUUGAAGAUUUCUCGUACCGAACUACGGGAAAAAAUGCUAGAGUGCUCAUUGGCUAGAGAAAAGUUGGCUAUGAGCAAUGUUCGCUUAGUUAUGUCUAUUGCUCAAAGAUAUGAUAACCUUGGUGCAGAAAUGGGUGACCUGGUUCAGGGCGGCUUGAUUGGACUACUUCGUGGUAUUGAAAAGUUUGAUUCUUCAAAAGGGUUUAAGAUUUCAACUUAUGUUUACUGGUGGAUACGUCAGGGUGUUUCAAGAGUCUUAAUUGAGAAUUCAAGAACAUUAAGAUUGCCUGCUCAUUUGCAUGAGAGAUUAUCUUUAAUCCGCAAUGCAAAAUUUAGACUAGAAGAGAGAGGCAUUACUCCAACCAUUGAUAGGAUUGCAAAACACCUUAACAUGUCUCAAAAGAAAGUCAGAAAUGCUACUGAGGCUAUCAGCAAAACUAUCUCGCUUGAUAGAGAAGCAUUCCCCUCUCUGAAUGGUCUACGAGGAGAAACUCAUCAUAGUUAUAUUGCAGAUAAUCGCAUUGAGAACAUUCCAUGGAAGGGAGUAGAUGAGUGGGCACUAAAGGAUGAAGUGAACAAACUCAUGAAUGUGACCCUUAAGGAACGAGAAAGAGAAAUUAUUCGACUUUAUUAUGGACUAGAUAAAGAGUGUCUUACAUGGGAAGACAUUAGUAAACGGAUGGGUUUAUCAAGAGAAAGAGUGAGGCAAGUUGGACUUGUUGCAGUGGAGAAACUAAAACAUGUUGCAAGGAAGAGAGAAUUGGAGGCUAUGCUAUUGAAUCAUUAA